AUGGCAUCACCCUCGACGGCAUCAAGAAGCAGGCCGAGGAGUUCUGGAACACGUUCCAGCUGGAGCUCCCUGACACGGACGAACUCAAGAGUCAAGUCGCAGAGUAUGGCGCUCUGGCCAAGGCGGCCUGGCAAGAGUUCAAGGAAACGCACGACAUCGCGUCGUUGGCUGACGCAGCAGGGAGCAUUAUCAACAAUGCUUUUGGCACAGUAUCGGGCUGGUUCAGGUGAACCGCUCAGUUGCUUGAUCUCGCGCUACCCACGCAAUAGGCAGCUGUCUCGUUGGGCUUGCGUUGUGGGCUCGAAGCAGCCUGCAGCGAGCGGCUGCUGGCAUUGGUUCACCUGUCGGGAGGUACCUCUGUCAGUACACAUCGGCUGGCAAAGGGUCAACCCGAGAGGUGCGUUUAAGAAGUGGUUUAUUGCACGGCUGUUGCAGGGUGUUUUGCUGCCGACUUUGUAUUUUUUGCCCUUGCACUACGUUGCGUGCGUGAUGGAACUGUUGCUGUUGCGUUCAAAAACGACAAUGAGAAAUCGACUUGGAUGGUGCACUGAUGCUAGAGAGCACGUCUCAUCUUGGAGUGGAAGUGUGUUGCCGCACGCGAGGACGGGACCAGCGGAUGCGCACUCGAGGCCCUCGGAGGCGGUGCGCAGUGCGCUGCUGGCGGCCAGCGAGCCCGAUUGGGCCCUAGAGGCCCUGCGCGGCGCCGUUGUCGCCGCAAGCGAGUCCGACAUGGAGGCCCUCGCGGGCGCGCUGCUCGCCGCGAGCGAGCCCGCUCCCCUGGGCCCCGGGCUGGCGGCGGUUCAGCUGCCCUUGGGCUCGCUCCCGGAGGGAGCCAAGCCCUCUCCGCUCGGGCCUGGGUUGUGCCGGGCGGACCACGUCGUGCGGGCGCGCCAGGACGCAGGCAAAUGCUCUUACGUGGACGUUCGUGGCGGCCUCCUGGGAGGGAAGUCCCAGACUGGCUUCGGCAUUGGCAGCGCGAUGCCCGAGACCGCCAAUGCGCUCUGCUGCAGCACCCCGUACGAGAGCGAGGAGGAUUGGGACACGAUCUUCGAGCACGGCGCCAGCCCCUCCGAGGCGGCCUGCAGCGACUCGAGCCACAGUGAUCCAGCGGAGACCGACAUGGACAGCCAACGGAAGGUGGAGGCGCCUGCUCUGCAU